UUCGUUUGUCUGCUGCAAGCACAUGUGUUGUGUUUUAUCAAAUAAUGAGAUUGUGUAGCCUAUUGUACGGGGUACAUGAAGUGAAGGGUAUCCAACCAGAAGGUGGCAGCCGCAUGCCCUAACAAAAUAAGCUUUGAAUAUUUAGGCAAUUAUGAAAUGUGAUGUGUUUAUGAUGUAGGCUAGGCGAAAGAGAAUGUGUCUGUCGAGCUCUUAUUCCCUUAAUCCCUUACACACAUUAUGUAGCCUACAGUUCAGUUCAGUCAUAAACGUGUUGUCAUGCAAUUCAAGCGCUGACAUCAUCACGUUGUAGGCUUAAAAAUACUACUGUUGACAAGACGGCUAAACUAUACACAAUACAAGCAUGUGAAGUGACUUUCGCAAAACUAGCUGGUAUUUUAUAGCCUAUAUGUUUUCGUCUGUAUGAUUAUCAAAUAUUUUAGUCACUGCGGACCUGUCCCAUGUGCUAUAGCCUACAAAUAUUUGGGUUGUGGUAAAAGUAAAAUGCCCAUUGAAUUCUUAAAGGAUCUCUUGGGUGAUUGCUGCUUCUGUGAGCCUGUUCAUGUUCAGCAACAUAGCCUAACUCUUUUUUUUCUAAACGCCUGUUCCUUAUUUGGAGAAGGAAUUUAGGAAACAAGUGGUUUAACUGGCACUUUCUCGGGCCAAUGAGAAUACAGGUUGCGCACUCUUGUCCAAUCAAAAGUAUCCGGUGUCUCUGGCAAAUGAAACUUGGGUGAGAAGUGGCGAAACAUUACUUGCGAUGUAACUGUCCCCGAUGGCUUAAAGCUAGGCGUUCGCCUGAAGGCUACAUUCCUCCGAGGGAAUCAUGCACGCAAGUCCUGGACACAUUUGGGAUGCUGUGGAGUCGUUAUCCUUUCUUUUGCUCAUAUUAAGUGCCGAGGCUUUGCUGGUGAGCAGUCAGGAGGGUAAUGGCUGUGGACACACAGUCCUUGGUGCCCAGAGUGGAACUUUGACCUCUCUGAACUACCCUGGCACAUACCCCAACCACACCCAAUGUGACUGGAGGAUACAGGUGCCACAGGGAAAGGCGCUGCACCUUUACUUCGGGGACUUCAACCUGGAGGAGAGUGAGAACUGCCAGGCAGGGUCCCUAACCAUCGCUGACCAUGAAGGAUUCGUGAUACUGGGCCCAAUAUGUGGACAUUUGGAUGCCGCUGGCAGGAAUGUGACGGUGAACAGCAACGAGGUGACAGUGCGCUUUGUCUCCGGCACGCACCGCUCUGGAAGAGGCUUCCUCAUGUCCUACUCCACCAAUGAGCAUCCAGAUCUCAUAUCAUGUUUACACAAAGGGACCUACUUUUCCUCAGAACGCAUCAGUGUGUUCUGUCCUGCGGGAUGUAAGGACGUAAAGGGGGACAUCUGGGGUCAGUUUGAGCCAGGCUACAGAGAUACCUCAGUGCUGUGUAAAGCUGCUGUCCAUGCCGGGGUGUUAUCGGACAGCCAGGGAGGCCUGGUGCGGGUGUCUCAGGAGAGAGGCAUCACCAUGUAUGAGUCCAGCUUCGCCAACGCCGUCCUCUCCAAGACGGGGCCGCUGUCAGAUAAGAAGCUUGUCUUCUCCAAAGCCUGUACCGGGCAGUUGGCAGUGACGACAUACAACAUGUCCACGGUGUGGGAGGACCCGGGCGGCUCUGGUCAGCCUGUCCUCUGGAUGCCCGGCGCCAGCGACGCCACGGGGCAGCCUCUGCAGUGGGCGGCCAACACCGGCGACAAGGAACCCUGGCUGGAGCUGGAGCUACGGGAGAGGAGUACCGUCACAGGAAUAAUAACGAAAGGAACAUCCAGAUUCUACGUAGAGUCUUACUCACUGAUGUACAGCAAAGACCGCAAGACCUGGAAGUUCUACAAGGCUGCGCUCAGUAAAGACAAAAAGGUGUUUGAGGCUUAUUCUGACGGUCAUGUGGUGGUCCUAAACAGCCUGUUUCCUCCGGUGGUGGCACGCUACCUGCUCCUGCGACCCCUCACCUGGCACCUGAGGGCCUCGGCCGGGGUACAGGUGCUGGGCUGCCCCCUGCCCCGAGGCCGAUCAGCGAACAGGGGCCCGCUGCCAACAGAACAACUGCCUCUGGAGCCGGUCACCACCAAGAGUCCGGUGCUAAUCCAAACCUCCGACCAGAGUCCGAGUCAGCCAAUGGUUGUGGCCGUGGGCAUUGUCCUUGGGUUGCUGCUCUGUGUGGGCUGUCUACUGGCUGGGCUGUGGUGGAGAAGGAGAAAAAGAAAGGCCCAGCUGAAGAAAUGCUCUUUGGACAAAGAUUGCCAAGGGUUCCACAUAAAGACGCUUCCUAGUGUGGAUUCGGAGCUGGCAUCCUACCCUCUGACCAGGAGUGUCCACGAUGCCCUUCCCAACCCUCCCCUCAAUGACUACGCUGAGCCAGACGUGCUCUCCGGAGGCUCGAAGCUGGGUUCCACCUUCCGUCCCCCGCUCGAUGAGGGCUACACCACGCCCUUUGCCCUCAACCACUACGACACCCCCGGAAGGCUCCCCGAGUACGCCGAGCCCCUGCCCCCCGAACCUGAGUACGCCACACCCUUCGGUGAGCAGCCCAUGGACUCCUCUCUGGCUCCCCCUCUGGCGAUGCUGCAGAACAGCAUGCACCUUGCUCACCAUGGCAUAAGGAUUGUUCCAGGGCUGGCACGUUACGACAGCCCACCUCAGAAAGUUCUGCCGAACGGCUACUGCUGCCCGGCACCCGUUGGGGCCAGCGGGGCACAGAGGGACAGUGUGGUGUACGCCGAACCCCAGUCUGUGGUGCCCCUGCUGAAGCACACCUACCACGAACCACUGUGAAACAAAACCACACCUCAGACGACAGCCAGGGCAGGAGCAGCCAAGCUCACACACCUUGGACUGGCUAACGCUACUGCUAGCGGCUCUAAUGGCUGCACACACUCUGUGUACAGAGAAAAGAGAGAGAGAGAGAGAGAGAGAGAGAGAGUUAACAACACACCGAGACGGCACUCUGCUGCCUAUCAGCUAAGCCCUCACAAACAGUUCAUGGAGACAUGGUGUCAAGCGCUACUGUGGUGAUCGGAAAACAAGUGGUGUUAAGGUCAAUGAUAAACUAAACACCAUGCAAACCAGCACUAUGCAGGCGGAGGCUGUGUUGCGUUUCUAUGCACCUUUGAGUGCUCCAACCACACUGUAUGUGGAGAUAUAUGUCAUUCAUUAUACCAUACAGUUUCAUUUACUAAUAUAAUGACUGAAGAAUUAAGUAGACUGUAAUUAGGAUUCCAAUCUGAAUAUUUCAGGUAUUUUUUGUGAAGUCUGACAACAUAACUAAAACUUGGACUUAUUUAAUUGUUAAUGUAUCUGUGUGUGUCUAUGUGUGUGUGUGUGUGUCGUGCGUGCGUGCAUUUCUAAAUGGUAUGAACAGAAUGGUUCUAUGUGAAAGUUUAAAACUAUAUGGCAGCUAUGUACUUAAAUCUGCCUCUGGAUACUGAAAUAUGGCACUUUUGGCAAACUGCUGUCAGGGUUUGAAGUGUUUUAUGGAACAUUAAUAAUAAAGAUUUUAUACAAA